CAUGACCUUGAGUGUCAGGGAAAAUAAAUCCUUUGUAGUGAAUCAAAACACUAAACCUGUUAAACCGGUUGGAGAGGGAAGUGCAACUCAAAAACACCAACACACACUCAGGUGUGCGCACAUACACACACAUUAUAGGCUACCUGGUGCAGUGAAUGAGCGACGUCACCAGUGUCCGCUCCCACUGGGAUGAGAGGAAUGAGGAAGACGACCAGCCGAGGUUGCAAGUCAUUAUUAACUAAACAGCCUGUCUGUGUUGUUAACCUAAACGGAAGCGUCAUUAACUUGUGGAAACUGGAGGGAUGGCGCGCAGAUGUACCCAAACUUUGUGCGUUCGCUUCAUGGAGCGACACCUCUCUACGUUGAAUUUUGCGCUGUUGGUUGUCGGUUACAUCCUCUACCUCCUCAUCGGCGCUGGGAUCUUCUCUGCCAUCGAGCUGCCUUACGAGGAAGAGCUUCGGCAGGAGCUGGCAGUGGCUCGACAGGACUUCCUGAGCAACAACACCUGCGUGUCCGACGCGCGCCUGGAGGAGCUUCUGGUUCGCGCACUGGAGGCCAACAACUAUGGAGUGUCCGUGCUGGGUAACGACACCAGCCGAAACUGGGAUUUUGUGUCCUCUUUGUUCUUCACCAGCACCGUCCUGACCACAACAGGUUAUGGCCACACUGUUCCUCUCUCAGAUGAAGGGAAGGCCUUUUGUAUCUUCUACUCCCUCUUUGGCAUCCCAGUCACCCUCUUCUUCCUCUCUGUUUUGGUGGAGAGGAUUAUGGUGCUGAUAACUAGACGUCCAGUGGCCUACUUCCACCGUCGAUGGGCCAUGUCUAAAUCGAAGCUAGCCGCCAUACACGCUACCUGUCUAGGCAUCAUCAUGGCCCUGCUCAUCCUCAUCAUCCCUGCCUGGAUCUUUACCAGCAUGGAGAAGGACUGGGACUUUCUGGAGUCUCUGUAUUUCUGUUUCAUCUCUCUGACCACCAUUGGCCUUGGGGAUUAUGUCCCUGGAGAGACCCACAGUAAAGAGGACCACCCACAUCCACAUCUGUACAGGCUGGCCAUUACAGUCUACUUGCUGCUUGGCUUGGUGUUUGUCCUGGUUGUGCUGGAGACGUGUUGCGAGCUUCCCCAGAUGAGACGUCUCAGACAGAGGUUCUACAAAGAAAAGGUUCGGGACCUGGACUCUGAGACCACCAACAUCAUCAACCAAGAUCAAAUGAAUGAACAGCUGACUGACCCCUCAGAUCACAUGACAGAUCAACUACCAGUCAUUCCUUCUGUGUCAGAACAGGCUGAGUCCCUACGGCAGGAUAGCAACUCAGAGCCUUACAACCCAGCAUCCGGAUCUGUUAAUGGAAAACUAAGAUGACAGACUGACUGUCUGGAACACACUGUUUUUGAGGAAGUAGUCUAUGAACUUGUUCUCCACUCAUGAACUCUCAGGACAUACUGGCUCUGACCUCUUUGGUUCUGGCCUUAAUGUGUAUGUAUGUGACCAUAUUAGGAGCCUGCUUGGAUUUAUGUGUACAUGUAAGUACUAAAUCACCAUGAAAGGGAUCGCUCUCUGCCAACACCAACAGACAUUUGUGGCGUAAAAGCAGGAACCACCCACAGACUAUCAGGAUGGUAUUGUUUUCUUGUUCUUCCCUGUUUCUCCAUUCCCCACUGAUAAGAGCUAGAUCUGUGACACAGAGGAAGGGCAGGGCCCCCUAACGGGGGAAACCCCACAAGGUUCCACUUCCUGCCAAAGUCUUGGUGCCUUAAUUCCAAAGUGGCACAGUUUGCUCUCGAGGAGCCAGCUCUUAACACAUAAUAUAUUCCAUGGUUGUAUUUGCAUAGGAAAUUUACAUUCUUGGAAGUAGUACAGCAGUAUCUGGGACUACCAUCAGUUGACCUGUUGUACUUAAGGUUCCAAGAAGAUCUUGGAUCACAUCACUGAACAUUUUGUUCUUCCUGCUGAACUUACAGGUGAUUAAUUUCGGCUUUCUGGUCCCGAUGGCAUGUCAAAAUACACUAACCAGCCAGUUUAUUGGGCUAUUGACCCAAAGGCAGGAACUUCUAAAAAUAUAGGUUAGUCCUUCCAGCCAGUACAUCAAUAAAAAAGAAGGAUUUAUAGCAGUACUGUUGUUUUAGACUUUAUUAUUUAUAGCUAGAUGGAUCUAAAAAACAUCAACUUGAUGUAUUUCAUUGGGGUAAUCAUACUGCAAUGUGUACCAUCUUACCACUAGAGGGCAGCACGGUCAUUUAUAUACAAAAAAAUUGAUUUACAUGUAGUUCCUUAUUACUGGGAAUUUGUCUGUCAUGUUGCUUAGGGGACUAUUUCUUAAUGUAAUAAUGUAGCAAUGUCUUCCAAAAAUAUUUUUGCUGCUGUUUUCACUGAUGUUUUGCUGGUUUUAAUCAAGAGCAGAACAUUGCAAAGGUAGUUUUUAUAAAAUUCAGUAAGCUUUCUGGGUGAAUAAAAUAAAACAUGCAACAUUUUAUGACUACUUAUAUCUUUACAAAUGACAAGAAAAUCAAAGAUAUUAUAUAAACAUGGGUUAUUUUAUUUAUACAGUGUCAUAUUCACAUCAUAAUUCAAGACAAAUACAUGCAGACUGAUGUGGGUGCACAGCACGCAUUCAAAUUCACACAUUCAGACUCAAACAUACACCCAUAUGCAUGUCCUUCAACUCAGAGUAGCAGAAUCACU